AUGACCAGUUACUAUCCUCUUCGCCAUGCGCUGUGCAUGAUGCUGGGUCCUCUCCGAGUCUACCCUCAAGCUCCUACCCCAGACACCAACAAACAAGGCAAACCAAGCCAUUCGUUGCCGCCCUCUGGAUCGCCGGCCGAGACCCAGGGCCAUGCCGCGCUCACGGAAGAUGAGCAGCUCAAGCGAUCGGCGCACGAGGUGGCCUUGAUGCGCUUGCAGUUGUCUGAAAAACAAGAGGAGGCGCGGCGCCAUCAGAGCAAAGCCGAGGAGUUGCGUCAUGAAGUCCACACGAGCCGCGCCCAGCUCAUGACAUCCCAAAAUGCCACCGAAGAUAUCACGACUGACUUGACGAGGCAGUACAAGCUGAUGCAAACUCAGCUCAUGUCCAAGAUCACGGCCUUGCAGGACAAGGAAAAGCUGUUGACUGACCAACUGGGCGCAGAGGCCACGCAGCAAGCACUGGACGACGUCAAAGCGCAGGCCAGUCGUGCCAUCCGCGAGAAGGACGACAAGAUUGCCCAGCUCACGCAGCGCAUCGAAUCCAUGGAGACGGCAUAUGAAAACGUGCUCAAUGAGGCGCUUGAUUCCAUGGCCAGCCGGGUUGAGGAGGCACGUGACAAGUGGGAGGUCGACAGCUAUGUGGUGCAGCAGCGCAACAAGGAUGUUUUGAUGGAGUUUGGACUGAGUCACGUUGCCAUCUAA